ACUCUACAAAUUACAAAAAUCAAAGAUUAUAACAUAGUCCACUGGAAAGUAUAGUGGCUCUGUCGUAGUUUCGUGGAAAUUCAGGGGCACCUUUCAUUCACUCCCAUCGCUCGCUUCCCCUCAACCACUAUCUUCUCACCAUAUAUUCUACGAAGUACACCAAACUUCUGUCUUUGCUUGGUUUUGCCUUCCUAUUAAAAGGGCGGAGAACAACGAGAAGAGGAUCUAAGAAAAAAAGAGUAAAGAGAAGGUAAUAUCAUGUGUCCGACAAAGCAAAAACAACGGGGUUCCGCGGCGGAAUCCGCCAGCAAAUACUCUAGACCCGGUUCGAUAGCUACUACCACAUCAAUCCCCGAUUGGAUCGCUGAGUCAAUCAACGGCGGAUCCUUGCGACACGUCGACCUUGAUAAUGGAACCAACGGUUGGGCAUCACCUCCCGGUGAUCUUUUCUCUCUCCGUUCUAAAAACUACCUGACAAAUCGACAAAAAUCCCCCUCUGGCGAGUAUCUACUCUCUCCUCUAGGUAUGGACUGGCUCAAGUCCACUUCCAAGCUCGACAACGUACUCGCCCGUUCCGACAACCGUGUUUCCCACGCUCUAAAACAAGCUCAAUCCCAAGGAAAAUCCAAGAAAAGUUUCAUUUUUGCCGUCAAUCUCCAGGUCCCAGGUAAAGAUCAUUAUAGUGCUGUUUUUUAUUUCGCCACAGAGGAUCCUAUCGCACCCGGUUCGUUACUUUACCGUUUCAUCAACGGCGACGAUGCCUUCAGGAACCAACGGUUCAAGAUCGUUAACCGGAUCGUCAAAGGACCAUGGAUCGUCAAAAAAGCGGUGGGCAAUUACGCGGCGUGCUUGUUAGGUAAAGCUUUGACGUGUAAUUAUCAUAGAGGAGCUAAUUACUUGGAAAUUGACGUAGAUAUUGCGAGCUCGGCAAUUGCUAAUGCGAUUUUGCACAUCGCAUUGGGAUACGUGACGAGCGUAACAAUCGAUAUGGGAUUUUUGGUGGAAGGGCAGAUGGAGGAUGAGUUGCCGGAAAAGUUGAUCGGUGCCGUUAGGGUUUGCCAGAUGGAAAUGUCUUCGGCUGCUGUGAUUGACGCGCAUAUGCCACCGAUUCAGACAGCUGCGGCGCGUGGAAUGGGUUGUUCUAAGGUUAAUCACCAUAAGUACGGUGACGGUGAUGGUGAUGAUAAUGACAAAUGAGGUAACGGAGAUUUAUCUUAAAACCUUAUUUUUUUUACAAAUUUAAAUUUAAUCUUUUCUUUUUUUAUUAUGUGAAUUGGAGUCCCUUUUUGGAGGGGAUUGAAGGGUUGUAGAUAAUAAAAAGGAUAAUAACGAAUAAACGUUUUCCAUUUAUUUUC